AUGAACCGUUCGUGGAACAGCUCGAAUUCACCAGGUUUCGUAUAUUUCAACCAAACACCUACCAAAAACCCAGCUGACACAACAGAGUUCUUAUCUUUUGGCGACAACAGUACCCCGUCCCCAAAAUUGAAUCACAGAUUCUCACCUUCCAACUAUGGUAGUCCUCAGUUUCACAGCAGCCCUAGGAAGUUCAAUUUGCGGAACACCUAUAGACAUUCAGGAGGAAAUCAAGGAAAUAGGUCAUUUAAUAACAGAAAUAGUUCUAAUAACAGCUACAGCCCCAAUAAUAGCUUCAAUAAUUCGAAUAACAGAAAUUCCAGGGGUAAUCACAAGUAUAGAAAUGUGAAUUACAAUAAUUCAAAGAGUAUUAGUGAGGAUGGAAAAUCUGAUAUCUCCCACUAUUAUGAUUAUACUUGCACAUUGGAUCCUUGGGCUGAUUUACAAAAAGAACUUGAUAAAAGAAGAGAGGAAGAAGAAGCAAAACAACUUAGUUUAGCUGAAGACAAACAACAAGAUAAUUCAGCAUCAUCAAGUUCAGAAGAGAGUGAUUCAGAGGAGUCUGAAGAAAGUCCAGCUAUUAGUAGUAUGGCUGAAGAUGAAACAACUUAG